GUCCCGUCCCUUUUGUCUCAUUGGCCACGAGUGGCGCGAACCGGCUCACGUGACCCUGCAGAUUGGCGCGAAAGUUCCUCAGCUUACCGAGCGGUAGCAGUGUGUGAUCGGUAAUCAGAAUGGAUGCCUCCCAGCCCGGAGCCGCGGCCGCCGCCCCGCAUGUGAAGGAUGAGCUCGCCGACAAGUGUCAGAAGCUGUUCCAGGACUUCCUAGAGGAGUUUCAGAAUGCCGAUGGGGAGUUGAAGUAUAAAAGCGAUGCGGAGGAGUUGAUCCGCCCGGAGAGGAACACACUUCUGGUCAGCUUCCAGGAUCUGGAGCAGUUUAACCAGCAGCUGGCCACCACCGUCCAGGAGGAGUUCUACAGAGUCUACCCGUUCCUGUGCCGAGCCGUGAGAGCGUUUGCCAGAGACCACGGCAAUGUGCCCCAAAACAAGGAAUUCUAUGUGGCCUUCCAAGACCUCCCCACCAGACACAAGAUCAGGGAGCUGACCACCCCCCGUAUAGGCUCUCUGAUGAGAAUCAGCGGUCAGGUUGUCCGGACUCACCCUGUGCAUCCUGAACUGGUCAGCGGUACCUUCCUUUGUCUGGACUGUCAGACUCUGGUCAAAGAUGUGGAGCAGCAGUUCAAAUACACCCAGCCCAGUAUCUGCCGGAACCCCGUGUGCGCCAACAGGAGGCGCUUCAUGCUGGACACCAAUAAAUCCCGAUUUGUUGAUUUCCAAAAGGUCCGUAUCCAGGAGACCCAGGCAGAGCUCCCACGUGGCAGUAUUCCACGUAGCAUGGAAAUCAUCCUCCGUGCCGAGGCCGUGGAGUCUUGUCAGGCUGGUGACAGAUCUGAUUUCACCGGUUCUCUAAUCGUUGUACCGGAUAUUGCUCAGCUGUCUACUCCAGGUGUUCGAGCUGAAACAAGUUCUCGAGUGGGAGGAGCUGAAGGUUACGAAGCGGAAGGAGUCCAAGGCCUUAAAGCGCUUGGUGUCAGAGACCUGUCCUACAAAUUGGUCUUCCUUGCGUGCCACGUUACAUCGACAAAUCCCAGGUUUGGUGGGAAGGAUCUCCACGAUGAGGACAUGACAGCGGAGAGCAUCAAGAACCAGAUGUCUGUGAAGGAAUGGGAGAAGGUUUUCGAGAUGAGCCAGGAUAAGAAUCUUUACCAUAAUCUGUGCACCAGCCUCUUUCCUACCAUACAUGGUAAUGAUGAGGUGAAGCGAGGGGUCUUGCUUAUGCUCUUCGGUGGUGUCCCAAAGACCACCAUGGAGGGCACAUCUCUGCGUGGAGACAUCAAUGUUUGCGUUGUUGGAGACCCGAGUACAGCAAAGAGUCAGUUCCUCAAGCAUGUUGAGGAGUUCAGCCCGCGGGCGGUGUACACAAGCGGGAAGGCGUCCACUGCUGCUGGUCUGACUGCAGCGGUGGUGAGAGAUGAAGAAUCCCACGAGUUUGUAAUAGAGGCCGGAGCCUUGAUGCUGGCCGAUAAUGGUGUGUGUUGCAUUGAUGAAUUCGACAAGAUGGACCUAAAGGAUCAGGUGGCAAUCCAUGAAGCCAUGGAACAGCAGACAAUCUCCAUCACCAAAGCUGGUGUUAAGGCAACGCUGAACGCAAGGACGUCCAUCUUGGCUGCUGCAAAUCCUGUUGGUGGUCGUUAUGACAGGUCAAAGUCCCUGAAACAGAAUGUAAACUUGUCUGCUCCAAUCAUGUCGAGAUUUGAUCUCUUCUUCAUCCUGGUUGAUGAAUGCAACGAGGUGACUGAUUACGCCAUUGCUCGGCGUAUUGUUGACCUGCACUCUCGCAUUGAGGAAUCCAUUGACAGAGUGUACACCCUGGAUGAGGUCCGUAGAUACCUGCUCUUUGCCCGGCAGUUCAAGCCCAAAAUCUCCAAAGAGUCAGAAGACUUCAUAGUGGAGCAGUACAAGAGGCUGCGACAGAGGGAUGGGACUGGAGUCACCAAGUCAGCUUGGAGGAUCACCGUUCGACAGCUGGAGAGCAUGAUCCGGCUGUCUGAAGCCAUGGCAAGGAUGCACUGCAGUGAUGAGGUGCAGCCAAAACAUGUGAAGGAAGCUUUCCGGCUAUUGAACAAGUCCAUUAUUAGAGUGGAGACUCCAGAUGUGAACCUGGACCAGGAUGAUGUAGAGGAAGCAGAGCCUCAGGAGGCCAUCAAUGGUGAGUGCGAUGCCGGAAUACCCAAUGACCAUGUGAAUGGAAUAAACGGUCACGCAGAUAGUGAGCCAAUGGAGACUUCUGCCAAACCAUCCUUGCGUCUCGGCUUUCCGGAGUACAAGAGGAUCUCCAAUCUGUUGGUCCAGCAGCUGAGGAAGAUGGAGGAUGAGGACGAGUCCACACAGAGGAGAAGUGAGCUCCUCAACUGGUAUCUGAAGGAAAUCGAGUCAGAAAUCGACUCCGAAGAGGAACUUGUAAACCGGAAGAAGAUCAUCGAGAAAGUUAUCCACAGACUAGUUCAUUAUGAUCACAUCUUAAUUGAAUUGACACAGACCGGACUGAAAGGCUCUGGCAGCGAAGCGGAAGCUACAAAGGAAGAGGAUCCUUAUCUGGUUGUUAACCCCAACUACCUCAUGGAGGAUUAGUGCGGCUGUAAAUAUGGACAUUGGAAGCUCCUUCCAGCUUUAACUCAAAGCUUUCUGGCCUCACCAGCCUGGACUUUCUUGGAUGCUUAUAUGAUGACUUUCAGAGCCAUGCGCUUCUAGACUUUAGACUUUAUUUUCAGAGCUUAUCUGGGAAUCAGAAGUGGUCUUUAUUUUAAAGAGUACAAUAAGUUUUAUUUUGGCCUUUUAGUAUUGUGUUCGUGGCCAACUACUUCAGAGU